CACUCACUCAGUCAGUGAACCAAGUUUCCAGCGACUCAGCCAUCACGCUGCUAAACUUUUUUCUUCUUCUCUGAAAUGAACUCCCUCCUCAGCGGCCGCGGGCUGGAUUUAUGCGGGGAUAGAAGGCCGUGAUCGCGGGUUCGAGGGCCCGGUCCGGCUCGGUGCUCAGUCUGAAUAUGGGUCAGACCGCCGUGUCUGCCGUGUCUCAGACUGCGAGCGUUGAUGGGUUGGAGAAAUCGUCAUCUCUGGCCAGCUGCGACGUGGCGGUGGACAGCGCCACCAACACCCAGAAUGCCCACGCGUCGCGGCAGCAGCGAGGCAAGCUGUCAUCGCUGGGAAAGCUGUUCAAACCCUGGAAGUGGAGGAAGAAGAAGACGAGUGACAAGUUCCAGGACCUUUCCAAAGUUCUAGAGAGGAAAAUCUCUACGAGACAAACGAGGGAGGAGCUCAUCAAGAAAGGAGUUCUCAUCCCUGAGCAAGAUGAACCGAUCAGCAGUGAAAAUCUGAACGGUCAUGCCACAUCCAGCUUGACAUCAGAAGAGGUCAAAGUCGAUAUCGAGACUCCAGACAUUCCUCUUGAGGAGCAAGCUGCUGGGCCGGUCAACACUGACGACAAAACGGAGAAGAGUGAUACUAAACCCAUCGCCCGCACAAACCAGGGUCGACCUCAGGCUAAGAAACAGCAAGGCGCCACUCUGCCCGCUUCCUCCAAAGGUGCUGGUAGCACCGGAGCCACGACAAGACACAAAGAUGGUUCUGCGGGGGGUAAAAAGACAGCUAAAACCACAGUCAAGACUGGCUCAGCCGCACAAGCUAAAACUAAUCCACGGAAUACUAACAACACUAGUCGCGGGACUGCCAAAUCCUCUCAUCCAAAGAAGUCAGGAUGCACAGCAAAAACCACCACCUCCGCCACCACACCUCGUUCUCGUUUGUCCAAGGACGCCGGCGCUGCAGCACAGACUAAUGGGACAGAUGCAAAGACCGGCCGGAAAUCGGACACUCCCACCUCUGUACCUCAAAAAGCCUCUGCAGAGACUUCUAGCAAGCCUGUGGAGUCAAAAGACACAAAGCCUCUGUCAUCUAAAGCCUCAGGCAAUGAGACAGAGGGCACUCAGGCUGCUUCUAAACCUGGUUUAGAGCCUCCCGCUCCCAGUGCCUCGUCUGCAGGUGAGGAGGAGCACAAAGGUGUGAGUCCAGAGGCUACGGCCCAGUCUUCCCAUGUUAGCGCUGCUACAGAGGACACAUCGUUCACAGAGGGCGAAACAGACAGAAGCCCACAGGGGGACGAACAGAAGAGGACGGAAGAAGAGGAAGGAGGAGAUGGAAAGAAGAAAGAAGAAACAGGGUGUGGUGCAGAGAAUAGCCCGAGGUCAGCAGAAGGCCAAGCAGAAAAGCACAAGGGCCUCAGUGUAAAAACGGAGCAUGCUGAAGUGACAGUGAUCCCCGACAGGCCGAGAGACUGCCAAGCCAGCGACUCCGACUCCGACGGACCAAUCCUGUACAGGGAUGAGGAUGAAGAAGAGGAGGAGGACGACGAGUACACAAACAGCUCUUUGGCCAGCAAGAUCCGACGACGAGACACCCUGAACAUCAAGCUGGGCAACCGACCCAGCAAGAAAGAGCUGGAGGAGAAAAACAUUCUGCCGCGGAGCUCCGAGACUGAGAGACACGAGCUACGCCAGCAGAUAGGCUCCAAACUAGUCAGGCGCCUGAGCCAAAGACCCACCACAGAAGAACUGGAGCAGAGAAACAUCCUCAAGCGGAAGGACGAGGCCGAAGAGCAGGAAGCCAAGCAAGAGAUUAAAAGGAGGCUCUCUAGAAAGCUGAGUGUGAGGCCUACAGUGGCAGAGCUCGUCGCUAGGAGGAUCCUGCGUUUUAAUGAGUAUGUGGAGGUAACAGAUGCCAAGGAUUAUGACCGACGGGCAGACAAACCAUGGACACGGCUUACUCCUGCUGACAAGGCUGCUAUCCGUAAGGAGCUGAAUGAGUUUAAGAGCCGGGAGAUGGAGGUUCAUGAAGACAGCAAACAUUUCACCAGAUUCCAUCGGCCUUAAGUGCUAUCCUGGACGUCAUCUCCCGGGCCUCCAGACCCUCUGGCCACUCUGCUUUGGAUUCCAGUCCACCAUUUUUGGUGUUUGUCAUAGCAGGAAAAGUGCAGGUGUAAUUGAUAACAUUAAACAUGGCUGCAAUCCAUUCUGGUGAGCCAGCCCCAGGCCCUUGGCGUUGCGCAUGCUGGCUCGCUGUCACAGAAUGGACUGAGUCACUGUUACUGAAAUUCAUUGAAAGGAUUCAUUUCAUCUAUCGGCCCUGAUUUAUUUACAUAUUAUAUCUAUCAGGACAGCUACAUGUGUGUCUUAAGGUCUUGGCGAUCCAAAGGCACCAAUGAAACUUUUGCACAUAUCUAUAGUCAGAACAGUGGUGUUUAUAGUGCUCUGAUUAAAACCAGUUAUUUAUUAUAGACUAUCAGAAUGAGCUGGUAUAAAUGUUUUUGUUCAUUUGUUUUUUUUUUUUAAAGCCUAUCGGGAGUUUGCAGGGAGGAAAUAUAUAAUUAGCCCUGUAACAGUGAGUGUGUACAAUGUAGAGAAUGUGUCCAUGCCAAGGUAUGCCAUGUCAUAAACUGACAAAUGGCCAUAUAUGGGCAUCCUCCCAGAACAGGAAAUAGGUUUGAUUGGAUGGCUUCAUGCUGAUGUCACUGGCCAUGUCACAGAUCAGAAGGGAGGAGAGGCAGUUUGUUCUGCUCCGAUGUGCCUCUCCGUGUUGAAUCAGAAAUACUGCAGUUCAUUUGCAGACAUACCUAAAGCAUACUGCCACAAGAGGGCAUUAUAUCAUAAGAGUUAUCCAAGGGGAUGAGGAGGCGCGUGUAGAUAAAGAAUAAAUACCCUGCCAGUGUUAUAUUUAUAACUGACGGACACCUGAGGCUUUAUUAGCGAUCUGCAAUGGAAAUCACACCCCAUCCUAGCUAAUUAAAAUCCCUCAGUACACUUCUCUGAUGAUACAUGAUGACCGUGUACCGUCGUAUAUCCUGAGUUAUAAAAUAUUAACGUUUGAUCACAGAGGAGAACAUUCUUUUAAACUACAGGUUGUUAUUUCAGGCUCUUCUCAUAGGUUGGGGCUCUUCUCAUAGAGUGACCAAAGAAAAACGUUCAUUGAGAGGUUACAGGUCUGAUUUUGUUGGGUGGACUUAAUAUGAAGGUUUUAUGAAUAGAGAACAAACACCACUGAGGCAAUCAGCCUCUUGAAUAAUUGGAGUAGUACUUUAAUUUCCUUUCCUAGAACAUGCUUUUUCCAUUCAGCCAAGUCAGUUUAUUUAGGGCACAUUCAAAGACAAGUGUUGACCACAGUGCUUUAAUCUGUCAGUCUGUGAGGAGUUGCCCUGACAUGCAACUUGAAUCAGUUUUUAGCAACCAAAAAAACAGAAACAUGGUCAUUUAAAGUGAUUGCUCUUCUUUGGAUUUCAUAUUUAAAUGUGCAGAUACAUGGAUAUUUAGAGCGUGUGUAGAUUUAUGAGGUGGUUCAGUCUUACAAUUUUUCUGUGUCAAGAUGUACUCCGAAUCUCCUGUGUCGGGGAAAGCCAGCUGAGCUUUAGAAACUAUUUCCAUUGCCACGUGAGAGUAGUUGUUGGCUGAAACGUGAUUGACAGAUUGAGCUUGCUGACCUCCAAAAAGCCUCCGAUCUCAUAAUAGAGCCUCAACCUCCGCAAACACUCUUCAUUGUUACAAAUAGUAAAUGUUGUUUUUUUCCCCUCUUUCUUUCUUCUUCCAAUUGUGUAGGGGUUGUAAAACAAAAUAAUGUACAGCGGUGGAAGAGAACCAACAGUAUUCAUUCAUGUCGAUGUCUAUGUUGUUAUAUAUAUUGAUUAUUUUGUACAGAAUGUAUAUCAAGCAUGUGCAUACGUUGAAAUCAGUUUUACUACCAAUAUGAUACAAUACAACUUUGAUGUGAAUGUUUUAAGCUCUAACUAUAGUUGUCUUUUGUAUUAUUCAUUCCUAGGUAAAGAAAAAAGACAGUGCGGUUCACAUUCAGGUGUUGUUUCCAAGCAGCAUCCAGCACUGUUUCCUAAGUAUGCCUCUAAAUAUGCCCCAAUAAAAAGGCAGAAACAUAAAUAAGUAAAUGCGAUGCAUCAUUGCUUGCAGAUUUCCUAGCUUCUGUACAGGUGAAUAUGGUGCACAGGCAGUAAAUUCUAAUAAAAGACGAGAAAGCCUACAUUUUCAAACUGAAUCUUACCCAGUGGUAUACUUCUAAUAGGACGGUAAUAUAAUCCAGGGGAAGCCUAACUGGUAACACUUAACUGCAUUCUCAUUUAUAAGCAGGAUAUUGUAAAUACAGCCAAUAAAUAAAUUAUGUAGUAAGCAGAGCAGCCAAAAAAGGCAGUUUAAUUACAUCUACAACUGCCUAAGUUGCGAAUACGGUGUAACAUAAUGCAGAGUUUUAUGUUUUAAACACAUUUAUAAACGGUUAUAGCCUUUGUGCGGAUAAAAGCUUCCUAUCACAUUCCGACUGCACUUGCUCGGUUAGCAGUCGUUCAAUUGGAAACAGAGACACUGGUGAUAAAUUAAUAAACAAGCAAAAUGUAUUUACAUUUGUCUAAAGGUAUUUCUGAAGUUGUUAUAUAGUGCAUAUCAAUGCUAAAUCAACAGGCUAGGCUGGAGAGUGAUCUCUUUUAAAGCAACACUAUGUGACUUCCGUUGAGCAGUGACAAUAGCGGCCUCUGUGGCCACAUGUGGUCAUUACGUGUUUCUAAAUUCUGUUUGGCUUUCAGUCCAAGGGGUGAAGGGUGCAGAAACACAGCCUCUCAUUUCCUCAUGCAGCAAACACUAAAUUAUCAUCUCAAUACAAACUCUCCAAAGCAACAGACACUGAUAUUUACUUGUGUGGAUGUUGGAAACUGUUUACACUGCUGCUCUUUGUGGAUUCUUCUCAGCUAAUUUAUGUCGUGCCAGACUCUCUUGCUGUAAGCGCCCGACUCCUCACUUAGCAGACGGCAGUGGCCUCACUUUCUGCCACCGCAUCCCCUUCUUUCCCCUACUCGGUGAGUCAGGUUUCAAGUUCCUCUGCCGUUGUCAUUUCACUGCAGUGGAGACGGGGGCUUACCGAAUUGGAAGAACAGGCACCACAAAAACAACACAUGAGGAGCAGGAGGUAGUAGCUGCCAGUGGCAUUACCAUUACCAUGUUGGUUUCUGAGCACUAGUUACAGGGCAAAUGACACAGCCCUAACAGAAGGUUGUGGAUUCAACUCCAAUCAGUUUCAAAUCAGUCACACUUAUACUUGGUGGUGGUGGGUGAUGUGCUUUGUUGUGGUCAAUUGGUUCCAUAAUGUUGCUUUAAAAAGAGAUGACUCUCUAAUACUGGGACUGUUUUCAUCUGUGUCCUUGUCUAAAUUCCAACCAUAUUUAUACUGAAGGCACAGAGGGAGUGAGUGUUUUGGUCCAGAAUAAGAUACAAUGGUGUUUAGUGUUAGACCUGGCAGUGUUAAUCACUGCAGCUGAGUUUUAAAAAAAAAAUGUUCAUGCCUGCAGUCUAUCUCAUCUCAUCUAUAUGCAAAGUAAGCGCUCCCCCACUUCAACACUCCAUAAAAUGCUCCAGAGAGCAAACUAAAUGAAUAUGGGGAAAAAGUAUUUCUUCAAGUUUCCACUCAAGUCAGAGUAAAACACACAUGCCAUCUGCUGCAAGUACUCAUCUGUGAUGCCGUCGACUUCCACCAGUUCAUGAAAAUGUGUACAUGUGAGAACAUCUGUUUGUGGCCUGCACUGUCACUUCAGGGUUUAAUCAGGUUGUCAGGAGGAAUACAUUCAUUUUCUGCCUGGGACCGGAUAUUUUAUGGACUCCAAGCGCCUUUACUGUAUGUCUGGCAUCAAAUCUAAACAAUGAUCUUAUAUAUCCAUAAAAAGAGCUACUGUUAUGUCGAAAAUGUGUAUAAUGUUUUUGUAUAUAAAAAACUAUGGAAAAUCA